AUGAAGUCUGUGAGGACGAUUGGCGUUGAAUUCUAUGGCAGAGAUGGAGCUUAUCUGACUCAGUCAUUUCAAUCUCUGGAGAAGCUGAAGUUUAGGGAGAUGCCAGAGUGGGAGGAGUGGGUGCCUUGUGAGUUUCCUCAUCUCCAGGAGCUGAUUCUAAUUAGGUGUCCGAAGCUGAGAGGAAGUUUGCCUUGUGAGUUGCCUUGCUUGAAGAAGCUUACGGUGUCUGGGUGUGAGGUUUUACAUGAUGGAAGGGCCACUACUGCAACUACUAAUAGUCUUAACUAUAAAUCUCUGGAAGAAUUGAAAAUAAUUUAUGGAUGCCAAACUCUGUUAUCAUUAUUAGAGACAAAGCUCCUGUCCCGACUUGAGAUUGAAGAUGUUGUUGACGUACAGUGCUUGCCCAACUGCAAUCGUCUUCAAAGUUUGACUCUUCGGAAUUGUCCAACGCUGUGGUCGUUCCCUAAAGAUGGCCUACCCACUACAUUGACAUCACUUGCUAUAGACCGUUGUAGGAGAUUAGAAUUCCCACCUCAUGAGAUGUUGGCCAAAUUAACAUCGCUUGACUCUUUGCGUAUAAAUAAAAGCUGUGAUUCAAUGAGGUCCUUCCCGUUGGGCAUUUUUCCCAAAUUGACGACGCUUAACAUUUGUUCUUGUGAGAAUCUGGAAUCCCUUUCCUUGAUUGAAGAAGAAGGAGCUGUUGAGAAUCUCAGCCAUCUCAAUCACUUGCAAGUCUAUGAAUGUCCAAAAAUGGUGUGUUUUCACGAGGGAGAAUUGCCCACUCCCAACCUGAGUCACUUUGAUGUCGGUAGAUGCGAGAAUUUGAAGUCAUUGCCCGAACGCCUUCACACCCUCACAGCCCUUCGAUCUUUGUUUAUAUGGAAUCUUCCGAAUCUGGAGUCAUUUGCAGAAGAUGGGGGUUUGCCUCCCAACCUCCGAUAUUUUAGCAUUGGGAAUUGUAAGAGACUGAGGGCUUCGUCAGUGGGAGAGUACUGGGGUUUGCAAGCACUUGUCUCCCUUGAACAAUUUCAUAUCAGUGGAAAUGACCGUGUCAUGGAGACGUUGCUCAAGGAACAGCUGCUCCCUACCACUCUUCACACUCUCAUCAUCUAUUCUCUAUCAACUCUGAAAUCUUUGGACGGAAAGGGUCUUGGACACCUCACUUCUCUUCAAGAGCUAGAAAUUACAUUGUGUCCAAGUCUGGAAUUCCUGCCAGGAGAGGAACUUCAACACCUCACUUCUCUGAGUAUUAUUUGGUGUGACAGUCUCCGAUGCUUGCCAGAAGACGGUUUGCCGCCAUCUCUUCAAAGGCUACAGAUCCACGGAUGUCCUGCUCUGGAGGGAAGGUGUAAUAAUAAGACGGGACAAGAUUGGGCCAAGAUAUCUCACAUUCCUUGCAUCCAGAUAGGCAACGAAGUGAUCAUAUAA